AUGGAUUAUUACUUUUCAGAGAUAACGAAUGCGGGAUUUUUGUAUGCAGUCAAGAAAUUCCCAUUGCUAGAAGAUCUUGAGCUUUCACACUGCUAUAUUGAAGGUUUGGAUUUGAAAGUUGUUGGCCUUUCUUGCCCAAAUCUGAAGACAUUGAAGCUAAACCGCAAGGGUUGGAAGCUCCCGCGCUUGGAGUUCGAUGAUGAUGCCCUAGCAAUCGCUGAAACCAUGCCCAAACUACGUCAUCUCCAGCUUUGUGGGAACAGGCUAACAGACUUUGGCUUGAACGCCAUUCUUGACAACUGUCUUCACCUAGACCACCUUGAUUUGCGCCAAUGUUUCAACAUUGACCUUGUCGGGGAUCUAGAGAAGCGGUGUUUUAAGAGCAUCAAAGAUGUGAGACUCACCUAUGACUCAGCCGCUGGUUACCCAAUUAACUUCGAUGGAAUUGUUGAUUAA